AAUUUUUGUCCCGAAGUCGAGUCCCAAAUGCCAAUCGCUAAAACCAAAUUAAACUCCUCGUGCCAAACACAAAGAAGUUAAAUAAGAAAUCGCCCGAAAUGGCGAGGGAUGGAGAUUCGAGACCAGAGAAAUCCAAACGAAAUGCAAAGGAUUCCGAGAAUUCCUCCGAAUCAAGCAUGGAUUCCCAGCUUGAACAUCACAGAAAGCAUAGUACCAAGCGUAGGAAGCAUCGAAUUUCAUCAUCCAGAAAACGAUACAGUGAUGACGAUUAUUCAGAUUCGGGCUCAGAGUCCGAAUCAGGUUCAGAGAGUGAUUCGGAGUAUUCGGAUUCAGAGUCCGAAGACUCUGAAAGUGAGGAAGAAAGGAGGAGGAGGAGGAGGAAGAGGAGAGAGAGGAAGAAGAGAGAGGAGAAGAAGAGAAGGAGGAGAGAGAAAGAUAGAAAACGGAGGAAGAGAGGUGAAGAUGAGGAUGAUGAUGAUGACGAUGAUAAGAAGAAGAGGAAAAGGAGGAAGAUGAAGAUGAAGAAGGAGAAGGAGAAGAAGAAGAAAAAAGAGAAAGGGAAACCUGGAGCUGUUACUGAUUCUUGGGGGAAAUAUGGAGUUGUCAGAGAAGUUGAUAUGUGGAGUAAACGGCCAGAGUUCACAGCAUGGCUAUCUGAAGUGAAGCAGGUGAACCUUGAAAGUCUUUCUAAUUGGGAAGAGAAGAAGAUGUUCAAGGAAUACAUGGAGGACUACAAUACGGCUACAUUUCCUUCAAAAAAGUACUAUGACCUCGAUGCUUAUCACAGUCGUAAAGUGGAAAAGGAGAUGAAAAAAGGUUUUAAAAAGGUCGUGAAAUCAGAGCGCACUGUAUUUAAUGAUGAAGAACAGCGUCGGCAAGAGUUGAUGCAAGCACGUGAGAAACAGAAGGAACAAGAGGUGGAAGCAUUGAAGUGUGCUAUGAAGAGUGGCAUGGCACAAGCAAUGAAAGAACAAGCUCUGCUCAAGGAGGAAAUGACUUAUUUAUUUAAAAUCGGAAACAUUGAGGCGGCAACAGCUAUACAAAAAAAAUUGGACCCUGAUGUUCUUAUGUGAAAGGGGACAGUAAGAAGAAAAUUUCUGAUUGGUUUUCAUGGAUUGAAGGCUUGAAGUGGUAGCCGGUAGGCGACAAAAUACUAGAUUGGGCCAUUUCUAUAUAGGGUGCAUGAGUGUAGUUGGGUAGUAUUUUAGGGAUGCAGUUUUAUCAUUUUGGGCACUUAUAUUGAAAUAAGUUGGAAGAGCUGAGUUAACCUGAGUUCUACUUAUGCUGAACUUGUGAGGCAAGUAAAAUUUUGCUCAAAUUCUGGACUUGCGUGGCAAGUAUGCCUUUGUUGAAUUUCUGUUUUUUAGAAGGGUAGAUAAUAACAUAUAAUUUGUUUUUCUACACAAGCUUAUUUUGCUUUCUUAAUAUCUUCUCUGAACUGAAA